UGUUGAUUUCAAAUAGUGUUUACUUUUAAGUUGAAUGAAAUCUAUUUGUGUUGUUUAUUUAAAAUGUUAAAAUGUUCGACGAUAGUAGUUAAUUUACUUGAAUGCAAGAAAAUCAAACAAAAUUAAACAAGUGUCGAAAAUUUAUUAAGUGUUGAUAUCUUUAAAAAAUUAUGUUUACUGGGAAUGAAUUUAAGCAAAAAUAUAUCAAAACUGAUGAAAAUAUAGUGAUAAGCCACGAACGAUACAGAGUGAGGAUUAAAAACCAUUAAAAAAUAGCAUGAAAUAAGAUUAAAUAAAUAAAACUGAAAACUUACUGAAACAUAAAAAACUUAUAAAGCUUAUUAUUUUGUUUGUAUAAUGGAUGGAAUGACCACAUACUACAAUCAUUUUCCAAUUCCACACAUGUAUAGUUUUCCAUUGAUGCUUCCUGAAUGGAGUCCAACUGUGUCUCCAUGUAACAUCUACACACCACCUUUAUUACCAGUUACUGUGGUUAAUCCACACAUAAUAACACCCAUACUAUGCCCAUAUACAAGUACUUUAGUUACGGAACCAAUAAUUCCUAUUAUACCAACAGUUGCAGUUGAUGUAACACCUGUAGUAUGUAAUAAUAAUUUAUAUAGUCAGGUAUAUACGCCAGAAUUUAAUUGCACAGAAAAAUCAGUGCCCACAGAAGCUUUGAGUGAUAAAGUUCAAUAUUUGGAAGAUGUCUUAUCAAAAAAAGAAAUAGAAGAAGUUAUUGAUAAAUCAGAGGAUAGUGAACAAAACAUUAGUCCGAUUGAACGGUAUCUACAGUUACCAAGAGAACUGUUUCCAACAGCAAGGAUGUUAUCAAUAGAUCCAAAUUCGAUAAUAGAUGAGUUCUGUAAAUUAGCAAGUAUACGCGAAAAUGUGUCAUGGAUUUUAGACUUGGAAUUUGGUAUACCUAGGGCACCUGUUACGAGAGCCAUUGCUGCCUACGAUGUUAAAUUUAACAGCGUUCAUUGUAAAAAUACACCAGGCGCCAUACAUCCAGGUUUUGAAAAGUGCAAUAGUGGUUUUAAGCGUGCUAUUAUCUUUUAUUACGACUGUAUUGUAUCUAACUGGUACAAUGGCUAUAUCGUUUUGAAUUACGAUAAAUGUGUCGAGAAGUUUCAGUCGUGGUUGCAGGUGCCGAUGCAGAUUUUUGGGAUGUGUUGGCCUUAGCAUGUAGCAUGAUUUACAACGCAGAGCAUGUAGGUACUUAGUUUUAAGAUUUGUAAAUAGACCAUGUACAGUACUUUAUCCUUUUAACCUUUUACGUGCAUUGCUCGAAUUUUUUAAAUUAAAAUACUAAACGCUAAA